GAGACGCGUUGAGGGGCUAACACUGGGGAGAGCGCAGAGAGGCAUCUCUUCUCCGGUUCAAUCGAUCCACCGGAACUGGACAGGCACGGGAAUCAGCCUCGGUGCGCGUGUGAGGAGAGCGAUAUCGCCCCUGGGGUAUUCUGCCACGGGAGGGCUUCGCGUCUGACGGAGCGCGAGGAGAAUACACACCGACAAGCGCACGCUGACAAACGUCCAAUUACGUAAAACAACAGAUUCCCGGCGACAUAUAUGUAAUUCGAAGGGGAUUAUCUUGUGCAAUCUCUGAUCUCAGAAAAAAAAAGCCCUCCUCUCUCCGGAGCUAAAGCCAGGUAGAGCGGUCGCGUGGGGGGAACCAACCGUGUGCACAGGCAGGAACCCAACUCAGCCUAGUGCUGGAUCCCCGGGGGGCAGCAAGAGAGGACGGACCCUUGAGACGACGGAGGGUGCAUGGACCGCUCCAGGAGGACGACAGCGCCGGGCUCCUCGGGGGCCUGCCUCUGGCUCGGCCUCGUUGCCACGGCGAUCGCCUUCAUGUGUACGGAAGCGCGCGUUACGCCCAGCCCCCUACCCCUCGCUAACUCCACCUGCAAGCCGCAGUCCCGAUGCCAGCCGGGCAUCCUGCUGCCCAUAUGGUACCCGGAGGACCCCACCAUGGGCGACAAGGUGGCCCGGGUCAUCGUCUACUUCGUGGCCAUGAUCUACAUGUUCCUGGGCGUGUCCAUCAUCGCCGACCGCUUCAUGGCGUCCAUCGAGGUGAUCACGUCGCAGGAGAAGGAGAUCGUCAUCAAGCGGCCCAACGGUGAGACCAGCACCGCCACCAUCCGCGUGUGGAACGAGACCGUGUCCAACCUGACGCUGAUGGCGCUCGGCUCGUCCGCGCCCGAGAUCAUGCUGUCGGUCAUCGAGGUGUGCGGCCACGACUUCCAGGCGGGCGAGCUGGGGCCGUCCACCAUCGUGGGCAGCGCGGCCUUCAACAUGUUCGUGAUCAUCGGGCUGUGCGUGUCGGUCAUCCCCGAGGGCGAGGUGCGGAAGGUCAAGCACCUGCGCGUGUUCUUCAUCACGGCCGCGUGGAGCAUCUUCGCCUACAUCUGGCUCUACAUCAUCCUGGCCGUCUUCUCGCCCAACGUGGUGCAGGUGUGGGAGGGGCUUCUGACCCUGGCCUUCUUCCCCAUCUGCGUGCUGCUGGCCUGGAUCGCCGACCGCCGCCUGCUCUUCUACAAGUACAUGCACAAGAAGUACCGGCCGGACAAGCACCACCACCGCGGCGUCAUCAUCGAGACCGAGACCGAGCGCGCCAAGAGCAUCGAGAUGGACGGCAAGAUGGCCAACUCGCACUUCGCCGGCGACGGCGGCAGCGCCCACGGGCUGCCCAGCAACCUGGUCGGGCUGAUGGACGGCGCCGGAGGAGGAGGAGGAGGAGGAGGAGGAGGAGGAGGAGGGAAGGAGGUGGACGAGUCUCGGCGCGACAUGAUCCGCAUCCUGAAGGACCUGAAGCAGAAGCACCCGGAGAAGGAGCUGGACCAGCUGGUGGAGAUGGCCAACUACUACGCGCUGUCGCACCAGCAGAAGAGCCGCGCCUUCUACCGCAUCCAGGCCACGCGCAUGAUGACGGGCGCGGGCAACAUCCUGAAGAAGCACGUGGCGGAGCAGGCCAAGCGCAGCGCCAGCGUGGCGGAGGUGCGGGUGGAGGGCGAGCCGUGCGAGGGGGCGGAGCUGGUGUCGCGCGUGGCCUUCGAGCCGGCCGUCUACCAGUGCCUGGAGAACUGCGGCGCCGCCCUGCUGGCCGUCUCGCGACACGGCGGCGACGUCUCCAAGACCGUCUACGUGGACUACAAGACGGAGGACGGCUCGGCCAACGCUGGCGCCGACUACGAGUUCACCGAGGGCACGCUGGCCUUCAAGCCCGGCGAGGUGGUCAAGGAGAUCUCCGUGGGCAUCAUCGACGACGACAUCUUCGAGGAGGACGAGCACUUCUUCGUGCGGCUGAGCAACGUGCGCGUGCUGGAGACGGAGGAGGAGGACGAGGAGAUGCUGUCGCCCAACAGCCUGCCCUACCCCAAGGCCGUGCUGGGCUUCCCCGCCGUCGCCACGGUGACCAUCCUGGACGACGACCACGCCGGCAUCUUCACCUUCGAGAGCGACAACGUGCACGUCAGCGAGAGCAUCGGCGUCAUGGAGGUCAAGGUGCUGCGGACUUCGGGCGCCCGGGGCACCGUCAUCGUCCCCUUCCGCACCAUGGAGGGCCUGGCCAAGGGCGGCGGAGAGGACUUCGAGGACACGUACGGAGAAAUGGAGUUCAAAAACGACGAGACCUGUAAGACGAUUCAGGUGAAGGUCGUUGACGAUGAGGAGUACGAGAAGAACAAGAACUUCUUCUUGGAGCUGGCUGAGCCACGCAUGGUCGACAUGAGUCUACAGAAAGCCCUGUUGCUGGCCGAUGAUGUGCCAGACAGGAAGUUGUCAUCAGAGGAGGAGGAAGCUAAGAGGAUAGCGGAGAUGGGCAAGCCUGUCCUUGGGGAGCAUGCUAAACUGGAGGUCAUCAUUGAGGAGUCCUACGAGUUUAAGAACACAGUGGAUAAGCUCAUCAAGAAGACUAAUCUUGCGCUGGUGGUGGGAACCAACUCCUGGAGAGACCAGUUCAUGGAGGCCAUCACUGUUAGUGCAGGAGAUGAGGAUGAGGAUGAGGCGGGUGAAGAGCGGCUGCCGUCCUGCUUCGACUACGUCAUGCACUUCCUGACGGUGUUCUGGAAGGUUCUGUUUGCGUGCGUGCCCCCCACCGACUACUGGAACGGCUGGGCGUGCUUCAUCAUCAGCAUCCUCAUCAUCGGCUUCCUCACCGCCAUCAUCGGAGACCUCGCCUCCCACUUCGGCUGCACCAUCGGCCUCAAGGACUCCGUCACCGCCGUCGUGUUCGUCGCCCUCGGGACCUCCGUACCAGACACGUUUGCCAGUAAGGUGGCGGCGGUGCAGGACAUGUACGCGGACGCCUCCAUCGGCAACGUGACGGGCAGCAACGCCGUCAACGUCUUCCUGGGCAUCGGCGUGGCGUGGUCCGUGGCCGCCAUCUACCACAGCUGGAACGGGCGCGAGUUCCGGGUGCCGGCGGGCACGCUGGCCUUCUCGGUGACCCUGUUCACCAUCCUGGCCUUCCUGGCCGUCAGCGUCCUGCUGUACCGGCGCCGGCCCUCCAUCGGCGGGGAGCUGGGCGGCCCGCGGGGGUCGCGCUUCAUGACCUCCCUCUUCUUCUUCAGCCUCUGGUUCCUCUACAUCCUCCUGUCCAGCCUGGAGGCCUACUGCCAUAUAGAGGGCUUCUGA